ACUUUCUGAAUCACUCAUUUUUUUGCGUUAAACUAAACUAAAAAAGUGAGGUUAUGUUUUGAUUGAAAAAGAAGAGGGUUCAGUGACACAGGUGACUGGGCAAAAACCUAAGUGGAGGACUUUGAUAAGACGGAAUAAAAGCACGAAAAUGAGUAUCCAAAAAAAAGUCAAGAACCGCCACACACUCCACAGCGGCAUAUUCAACCCUACUCUGCGAAAGUGGCAAAGUCUCCAGUCUGAAAUAGCCCCCGACAACCUCAUGUACCCCAUUUUCAUCGUUGAGGACGACGAGGCUGUGCAACCUAUCGCCUCAAUGCCUGGAGUUUCGCGCUAUGGCGUUAACAAACUGAAAAACCAUUUAGGACCGCUUGUUGAGAAGGGGUUAUCGUCAGUGCUUCUGUUUGGCGUAGUCGAAAGCCUCCCAAAAGACGACACCGGCAGCCACGCUGACAGCCCCCAAAACCCCGUGAUUCGGGCCCUCCCGAAGUUACUUUCGUGGUUCCCUUCCCUAACCAUUGCUUGCGACGUCUGUCUUUGUCCUUACACCUCUCAUGGCCAUUGCGGGAUUUUAUUCCCGGACGGCUCUAUUAAUAACACUAAAAGUAUCAAGCGCAUUGCCGAGAUAGCAGCGGCCUAUGCCAAAGCGGGCGCCCACAUUGUGGCUCCUUCUGACAUGAUGGAUGGCCGAAUUGGGGCUAUCAAAGACAAGUUAGCAGAGUGCCAGUUGAGACACAAGACUGCCGUGUUGUCGUACACGGCCAAGUUUGCGUCGGGUUUCUACGGCCCCUUUAGAGACGCCGCUAAGUCGAAACCGGCUUUUGGCGACAGGAAAUGUUAUCAGUUGCCCCCAGGGAGUUCAGGGAUUGCGUUACGUGCCGCUGCGAGGGACGUAGCCGAGGGGGCUGAUAUGCUCAUGGUUAAGCCCGUGCUGAGCUAUAUGGAUGUCUUAAGGGACGUGAAAAGGGCGUAUCCUGAGUUUCCAAUGUUUGUGUAUCAGGUGUCAGGGGAAUAUGCUAUGAUUUAUCACGCGGCUAAAGCGGGCGCUUUGGAUUUUAAAACAGCACUAAGCGAGAUUUUGGUGUCUUUGAGACGUGCAGGGGCCGAUGUAAUUAUUUCGUAUUACACCCCUGUGGUUUUAGACUGGUUGCAAACGAAAAGUAAGCUGUGAAUUGUACAUGACAUUAGUAAAAUUGUAAUUUUUAUAGUUAAUUGUUGCUCUUUGGGAAAUAUAAUUUCUGUUGGUUAUAAA